CUCUCUUUCCUGCCUUGCAUUGAUUCUGGGACCUGGCCCCGGGGCUGAACGGCACACACACACGCACACACGCACACAGAGAGCGUGCAUCAUGGCAGCUACCCACAGCGAGUACAGAGGCUACCUGCGGAACAGCGUCGACAUCGAGGCAGGGCAGCACCGCUUCCACCCGGUGCAGAGCUCGGAGCACACGUACCGGCCGCUCCUAAUCGGGACCCUCGCUGUUAUGGGAUUGCUUCAGGUGGCUUCCAGCGUGGCCAUCUUAUUGCACCUGACGGGUUACCUGCAAGAGGUAGAUUUGUCCUCAGCCCCACAUCGGCCAAUCGAGGAAGUACAGACGGAGCCGGUGCUGAACGCACUGAGAGACACAAGGAGAAAGGGGCGGUGCAAAACCUCCAAAGAGAGACUGCCAUCGGCUCAUCUCCCAAUCGGAGAGACCAAGGAGUACUCAAAGAAGGGUCUCACGAAGGCCGUCACCAUCGACUGGGACGAGGAGCACGGAUACCGCAACAGAAUGGGCUACCAGAGGGGCAAGCUGCUGGUGAUGGAGUCGGGUUUCUACUAUAUUUACGCCAAGACCUGCUUCCGCUACUACAGACCGGAGGAAAGCAGUUCGGCCGGGCUGCCACCGGUGGAUGUGAGCAACACCCAGCUCAUCCAGUAUAUCUACCACGAGAGCAUCAAACAGAACAGCAAGUCCGUGGUGCUGAUGAAGACGGGCAGCACCAUGCGCUGGAACAUCACGACCUAUAACAUGUACUGCGCCCAGCAGGGCCGAGGGGUCCGGCUGGACGAGGGGGACGCCUUGUACGUCAACGUGUCCAAUGCUUGGAUGCUGGACCCGGAGGGAGAAGGGACUUAUUUUGGUGCCAUAAAGUUGGGUAACUGAAAAUUUAAAAAAACACGUGGGGAGCGGACAUGCUACUGAACAUUCGAUAUGCCAAAGAACCACUGUUAGCGAUUUACCGCCUUGACUCGUCGACAACCACUUUUUUUUUUACAUCGCUCUUCACCAAAUCGCCGAGUCAAAUCUGAGAAAAAUAUCUUCUUGUCUUUUUUGAGGGGGGGGGAGAUGUCUGGUGUUGAGAAGCGUCGAUACAUUUCAGUUCAUAUCACAGCAUUUAGACUUAAGCACAGACAUGUGUUGCACUAAUUAAACAAAUCACAAGGGAGCAACUUCGGAAGCAAGUUAGUUUUUUGGAGGGGGGGGGGGGGAGUCCACAGUGCGCUGUAGCUGACGCAGCAUCCGCUUGUACCCACGGCAGUGAAGGCCACACGUGUUUUCCGGAAAAGGUUCGAUGGGCGUGAACGAGGCCGGUAAGCAACUCAACGGUAUGAUUGGAAACCGGCAGUUCGACGGUGAGUUAUAUCACCCUCAGCGUCUCCUAAAGAUUCACUUUGACUCCGACGUUGUUUCUUUAAGCAACAAAAGCAGCUUGAGAAGAAUGUGUGGUUGUGUGUGUGUGUGUGUGCGCGCUCCAAACACUCAACAAGCAUACCAGUUUUCUGUCAGAGCGGCCGGCUUCACAGAAGGCGACGACGCGACAAUAUCAUUUCAAACCGAGAGGGAAUGACAUCUGUCUGUUAUGUUGAUGACGACGGACACACGAUGCAGAUAGCUGGACUGUCUGAUCAUAAAUGACACGAAUAGACUCUUGUCUUCUUUAACCAGACGAACCGAAUUGAGUUUGGUUCGUCUUUAACUUAAAUGUUUUGUUUUUCAUUUGGCUCUUCAGUGAGGUAAAUGGGAAUAUGCACUAAAUAUUUAUUUAUUAGCUAUAUUAGUACAGCGACGGGUCAUUGUUGAAGUGACCUUUCGGCUGUAGAAACAAUCAUUCAUAUUUUAUCUCUGUGUGACAUUCAUUUUGCAGCACUUAGAGAGGAUAUAGUAGACACGCUUUUUUUGUAAUAAAAACACAGGGGCUUCAUUUUAAAUUCCAUAUUUAUGUAUCUUGAUUUUGACAAUUCUGUGUGCACUUGCCUAGCCAAAAGCAAUAUGGAUAUAUUGUUUAUUCUACAAGAUUGUACUUUACCUGUAAGAUCUUCAUCUGAUAGAUUAAUUUUUCCAUUCAGUAUUUUAUUUUUUAUUUAUGUCUGUGUAUGUUUUAAUAAUAAUAAAAAAACCUACUUUUGUAA